AUGUGCGCCAUUGCGAGUGACACGGCGCAGAGACCGCCGGAUGGCAUGAUUUCCGGAUAUAAUUACUUCUUUUAUCCGUUGGACAACAAGUUGCUGCAGCAGAUACCGCAGACGACGGCGAUGUCGGAACCGGAACCGCCCAAACCGGAUAACCAGGCCCCGGCCAAGCCCCGGGUGGAGCCGCUGUUCGUGGCCAUGGCCGGAUUCGUGGGCGUCGCCGUGGUGUUCCUCAGCGCCCUCAUGUUCAUACCGAUAUUGCCGAUACACGCGCUCACCUCCAAGGCGGCUCUGAAACGUGCACCCGAAGAGUUGGCCUCGCUCACUAAGCUCGUCGCCGAGUCCAUCGACGGCAAAGACUGCAGCGAGAGGAUAGCGUGCGAGGUCGGCAGGGCCAUGCGGUCCAUGCGGGUGGGCAACAAACCCAUCAGAAUGAUGGAAAUAAUACUACCCCCAGCGGUGGCCAAACAGCUAGCUCAGAUAAGAAGAUCUGCUUCAAAGAAAGAACAGUGUCAUUUCAUCAUGUGCAAAAAGACUGAGGGUACAUUGCAAUUGGUGGCAAAACUAAAGAAAACCAAUCACAAUAAAACUAUUCACGAUGUUAGAGAAAUUUUUAACAUAUAAAACACACCGUUCUUGGAGAUGAAUUUAAUUUAGAUAUUAAGUAAAUUAUUCUAUGUU